AUGAAUCCAGGAACGUAUGAACUGACCCCAUUUGAACCACUAGCUCAGGCAAUACUGGACCAGGCGUCCGAUAUUGAAGUGUGGAACCUUUUCGUUCAGCUUGUUGAGAAACUUGAAUCUAUCAUGAAGAUUUCGAGCAAGCAAUUAAUCAAUCUAGCUGCUGAGUCAAUGUACAGACGAGUUGGUGUUUCAUACAAUGGUACCACACAGACGAUGGCAGAUCUGAAAGAAUCUAUGUGCCACGAACUAUCUGGUUCCGUUUUCCUCGGCGUCAAAGGCUUCUGGAAAAAGUACUUGGUGGACCCGGAAUGGUCCACACUAUGCGCCGAGAUCGCAGAUAGCUAUGUGAAACGGUCCGGUGAAGAAAAACUCAAGUUUCCCACGGAACUUGAAGAAGCCUCAGUGUGGAAAUGGAUGAAGGCCGUAGAGAAAGAGAUUUUCAAAUCAUCUUCCAACUCCAAUGAUUCGGAACUGACAGGAGGACAGAGCUCUCGCUCUAGUAAAUUUACGCACGCCUUCCAUCGAAGCCAGUAUCAUACUCUCGCAGCUGGCAAUAUCAUUGGAGGUCAAACAGACAACCAAGUGGACUACUUCAUAGAACGACGAGACACCUCUGCUGAAGAUAAACAUCACUGGCGAGAUAUCGUUGUGGUAGGAGAGCUGACAAAGUCGUCCCCGUCGAGGUUUUUGGGAAAGUUUCUCCAGUUGAGCGUUUACAUGAGCGAGGUCUUCUCUGCGCAGCCACUGCGACGAUUUGUGCAUGGAUUUAUUCUUUUCGGAACUCAACUGCAGCUUUGGGUUGAUAUUAGCAAAUCUCAGAGAGAACUGGUGCAUGCUCUUGCGGCGUACAUGCUAAUGAGUGACGAAAAGCAUGGCAUUGAUCCGUCCAUUCAACAUCAUGAUAACAAGAUAGUCAUCAAGCUGCAGGUACCCGGUACAAAUCAUAAGCAGGAAUUUGCGCUUGAGACGGAACCGUUCGAAUGGCAGAAAGCACUCGUGUCUCGGGGCACUUGCUGUUAUCGCGAUAUCAACAAGAAGUUUGUGGUGAAGUUCUCACGGAGAAUGACGGGACGAAACUCUGAGGCGGAGCUACUCAAGCUAACGACGAACGUUGUGGGAAUGGCAAAGCUACUUGAAUGGCGUCACCUUGAAACGAUAGGUAAUCUCCGGAAGGGCCUUGAGUUUACACGGCAGAUGGUGAAAGACUGCCGACCAAAAGAGAAGUUGUUCGCCACGCCAACGGUGUUUGUCGAGAAGCAAGUGAGUGUUCCGAAGAAGAGUACGAGCAAGACAGUAGUGCAGAUAAGGAAAAGCGAAUCAAACUACUGUGGAGGGAUCAAUGGUUCUGCUAGUAAAAGAGCAAGAAGUAGCAAAAACGGCUAG